AUGGAUGAAUCGCUCAUACCUUUUAUCUUCAAAGUGUAUUAUAUAGCGGUGCCGCUUAUAGGUUGCUUGGGAAACUCUUUGCUUUCCUUCACUACAUUAACAACGCCACACCUUCAAAGCACAACAAAUUUGAUGGUCGCGAUACUCGCUACAUGUGACAGCAUAUUUCAGGCUGGAUGGGUUAUAACUAUCAUCUCACACGAAGUCUUGAAAGAUCGGGUAAUGUCGAUGGAGAGUUGCUUGCGCUGGCAGACUCCUUCUUUGUUCAGCAUGUGUUUUUCUUUUGUUUUAUUACCAGGAAUAGCUAUCGAACGACUGCUUUCGCUGCACUCUCUUUGCUUGCCUGGUAAAGAAAAUAGGCGGAUGGGAUAUAUAUACAAAGUUUGUGUGGUGUCCGCAGUAUUUGCACUCGUUAUUACAAUUUGGGCUUAUCGAAGUGUGGAAAACGAGUCAUCGGUAUGCACCAUGUCCAUGCCUCUGAUGAAUGGCAGCGUAUACUUCUGCGUUAUGGCAAGUAUGUUUGCUGCCUCGCUGGUCACGAUGUCAUGUUAUAUCGCAUUUAUUAUCUGCUUGAGAAAAAAAAGUAUUACUAGUACUAGCAAAAAAAGUAUCUAUCGUUCAUUGAUGAUUAUAAGCGCAACAGUGGUGUUUGGUUGGAUGAGCACAGCGCUGUCAAGCUUUGCUAUACAGUUAUUGGGGUGGUGGAACUUCAAUCAACGCUUCAUGAUUAAAUUGUCGUCCGGUGCUUUUUCAUCACUUGCAUGUGCUUGCAAUUUCUUCGUUUACUACAUCGUGAGCAAAGACUACCGAAGAGCCUUCAAUAGAAUCUUGCACUUGCAUAGAUGGAAGCCACCGCAUGCUAGAAGCAACUGCACAGAUAGAGCAGGAGGAAGGGACGGAAGGGACGAAGCUCCGAUCUUUGUGAAGCUAGAAACGCGGUGGCCACGAUGUGGCUCUGAUGCAACUGCUUAGUGGUGCGGCUACCUCUACCAUCUCAAGGAACAUAUUUGCUUUUUCACAUGUCACUGUUAUGUCGCUGUUUCUAUGCAAAUUGUGAAGGAGUGAUUAAGCAAUUUUACUGGGUUUUCACUGCCAAAAGUGUCAUGCCUUACGUUGUACGUUCAAAGACUAUCUCUUGCAGAGGAGAGAAGUAAAUAGG